AUGAACAACCAUAGAAGCUGGGAAAACCUUAGCAGUGAGAUUAUGCAAGCACAAAUGUUUUUUGGUGCUACUGGGCAAGGGAAAAAAAGUUUCAACCAUACACUAUGUUGGGAGGUGGUGAAGAAUUGUAAGAGAUUCCAAAUUAUUCUAACGGGUCCGCCAAUAGUGUUGAAUGAGAUACCACUCCAUGAGACACCGACAUCGGAUUCACCUAUGGAUUCCCCGAUGAGUCAAGACUCACCUAUGGAAAAAGAGCCGAGGCCUAUUGGGAGGAAGGCAGCGAAGGCGAAGAGAGGGAGUAAUUCUACCAAGAAUACAUCUAAAUAUUUGGAGGAGCUUUCAAAGAUGCAAGCCAUGAGAAUUGAAAUGGAUAUGAAACAACAAGAGCACGAUAGGGCAAUGGAAGUAGAAUAUGCAAAAGAAAGGGAGUAUGUACGCCAAGGAAAGAUUGAAAAAAAUGAUCGGGAAACCAUGGCUAUGGAUACAACCCAUAUGUCCCCCGAAACAAAACAAUUUUGGAAGUUAGAACGAAGGGAUGUUAUGAGACGAAGACUUUUUCGUGACGAUGGACCUAGCAACACGGAUUGGUUAAAUGAUCAAAACCAUUAA